AUGAGCUCCUCUCUUCCCAAGAGCGAAUCUACCACAUCUCUGCUGAGAGCUUCGGCCGUGCCAGUGAGUCGGAGGUCCGAACAUUCUGAGCAUCAUGGGUCGCGCAGCCACCGCAGUCACAUUCAUCAACCCGACGGAGGUAAAGAUGUACCUGACGAGCCGUGUUGGACCGAUGAGCGCGAGGCAAGAGCGCACAGACCCCUUUGUCAACCGAGGCAUGCCGGUGGCAGGACAGACAGGAAUGGCUGUGAUAAACGUGGACAUUCCCACCAACAAAGCAGCCACUACGAUGACGGCUACAGCCAGGAAGAAAUUAGAGAGCGGAUGGAUCGGAGUGGGAAAGACCGCAGUAAGUCGUCUAGACACCCACACCACCACCACCACAACACCUCAAGAGGUGACCUGCCGCCGGCGCAUCACCACGGCAACGCACGUCCGGGCCGGAGGUCCUCGCCAACUCCAUCCUAUACAAAAAAAUCCGACGAUACUGCGUACUUUUUUGAAUCAAAGGACAUAAUAUAUACUGGGUCGUCCACGAGUUUAAACUGUGACCCACCGGCAACGUCCACGCCAGUGCCUGGCCACGUUACCAGCCGCACCUCCAAAAGACUCAGCACAGCUCCAUCCGAACAUGACUCCAAUCUGCACCCGAUAGUGAAAUCAGUCUUCGGGCAGGUACGUAGUAGCCCCGUGUCUAGACAGAACUACAACACAUGAUUACUCUCGAACAAACAUUCAAAGUCAGCACAAGGAUUCAACAAGUAGACGGGAUUAAUAGUCAGUAUGAAUACAUUUACCCGCAUUGACAAAAAACGGCGCACGACAGAAGUUCCCUUUUUAUUCAAUAUGAAUUUAUGUAUUAUUUUAAUUCAAGGGUCAUUUCGAAUUGUCAUUUUAGACAACCUUUAUAGGCUACACUGUCACUAUACUGUAAAACUGACUGUCUCUAACAAAAUGCAAAAAUAUUCAACUUAAUUUUUACCGUUGUCCCGCUAAUACAUUGGCUUAAACCGCACUCUUAUGCACGAAUAAACGGGUAGGUGUUUUGUUGUGUAACAAAAAUAUGGGGAAAAACACGUUUAAAGGUCCAAUGCAGCUGUUAAUUAAAAAAAAAAUCCAUAUAAAAUAAUUUCUGGGUAACAAUUAAGUACAUUACUGUGAUUGUUUUCAAUUAAAAUGGUCAAAAAUAAACAAAAAUAGCUUCUUAGCAAAGAGCAAUUUCUCAAGCAAUAAUUUUGCUAGGACUGUCUGGGAGUGGUCUGAGUUGGGAGGGAAAAAUUGAAAAUGAGCUGUUAUUGGCAGAGAGGUUUGGAACUCUCUUUCUUAUUGGUCUUUUGACAAAUUUACAGCCAGUCACUAGGCAGGCCAAAACUGCAUCCCACCAAAACAGGCUGAAAUUUCAGGUGGUCUUUUCUCUUACACUAAAAAGGCAUUAUCAUCAUUUUCACAAUUUCACAGUAUUGUUCCAACCUCAUAGUGUGGAAAUAUAUAUAAAACACAGGAAAAUCACGUUUUUGACUGCACUGCACCUUUAACAGUAAUUCAUAACACAGAAAUGUAGAAUGUGUGACAACAGAGAAGGUAUUAUGGAUUUUUCCAACUGCACAGUGCACUACACAAUGUCUCAAACUUGUCCCCAAGAUUCCAAUGCCUUAUUGUAUUUGAAACAAAACAGUUUGAGACAUAUGAAUAGUAGCCUAUAAGUUAGAUGAUAUAGCUCAGACAGCUCAGACGUGUGAUAUACACACCUAGAGAACAUUUGAAUUCUUCACGGUGUCAGGUUGGUCUGGAAGGGUCAAAGGUGAGGGACAGGUAGAGCAGCAACCCAAGCCAAAAUGUGACCGGACACCCAUUCACCCCUGUUGACCAUAUAAAAAAUGUAUGUGCGUUUUGAGUCCAAAUGUAACUUCUGUGUAUCUGAUAAUUAGUUGGAUGGAGGGGUUGGCAGACUAUCAUUUAUAGCGAUAUGAAUAUGGAUACUCUCAUCAUGUCUGUUACCUGCAAAGGCAGGUGGAUAAACUUUCCAAUUCUGUGGAAAUUGUAGCUGUGCUGAACACUCACAUGCGCACACACACACACACACACACACACACACACACACACACACACACACACACACACACACACACACACACAGCUAUUUGUGGUAAGUCACACUCACAUCAAGUGUAAAAAAGAAAGUGACACUGAACAGUUACCAACAGAUGGAGAGGUGAGGGUGGAUUAUAAAAGAAGGGUGCUUCUCCAUCUCUUCAUUCCUGCAUUCCAUCUCCUCUACCAUCUAUUAAUACGAAAGCCAUCCUCAAAGUCCUCAUAAAAUAGCCUCAUUCCUAUUCCUCUGUUGCUCUUCAAAUAGGCUAUCCAGUUUUUCUUUCUGUGGCUUUGAGAUAUUUGUCUCAGUGCUGAAGGAGAUAUAAAGCUCAGGAGGCAAUACUUUCCCCAUGUGUUAAUGUGUGCCAGAAAUAACUUCACUCAAUCCAGGCCAGAGCUCUAAUCAGUCACAGGAGUUCCAGGCAGCAAACCCCAAUUUAUACAGCACUGCUGUGCUCUAUACUGCCUAUCUCAAUCUGCUCCACAGUGAGACAGUAGCCCUCUAUCACUCUAUCCAAUCAUUAUGCUUUGAAAUGGGAUUACAGAAGGACCUCUAAUGACAAUAUCUGUUAACACUUGCUUGCCUGUGAAAUUGCUCAGCUGGAGGAGUUUUCAUGUAGAAAAAGUGUGCAAGGUGACUGUGUCAUUUGAUGCUAGUUACUGUAAAUCAGAGACUAGUCACAAAGCUCUCAGACUAUUCAAUAGUAUCAGAUCUAUAACUGGAUAUGCAGUAUGGUUGUGUCCAAUUAAGUAAUAGCAAAAUUUCAAUGCAACUGAGAGUUGUGUUGUGGUGCCUAGAUAUUGCAAGAUGUUCUGUUUGUCUGAUACAAAGGUGUGUGUGUGUGUUUGCACAAAGGUGCAUGUUUAGAUCUUUGGUUGUGAUACUCUAUUAGGUGACACUGCCUUUCACAUUUACAUGUCAUAUCUUAUCUUUUUAUUGGCACAAGUAUACUUUGAAUAAAUGUUUUGAUAUGUGUGUGAGUGAGAAUAUACCCACUGACAUUCUAUAUUUCAUAUUUUCAUCAAGGUCUGCAUUCAAUCCCUACAGAACCUAUUCUCUGCCAGUGGAAGCUAAAUAUAGCGUUCCCAAGACCUGAUUAUAAGAGAGUUAAGGAGAGCAGCCUUUUGUGUGGUGGUAGAAACAUUUAAAUCCUUUGGCUAAUGCGCUACCUGACAAAGCCAGUUUGCAAAUUGGUGACUAAAGCAGGGAUUCCUGCAUAAGCAAAAAUAUUAUCUUAAGCAUCUAUAUAAAUAGCAUGCUUUAAUUUUCAUCAGAAGGAAUUACUGAAAUAGAGGGGCUAUGAGGAAAGGUGGGGGGGGGUCAUGAGAAUAAUAAGUGUGUAAUGAUUCAUGAUUCCUAUCAAUAAAGGAACAUCUUGAUCUAAAUACAAUAUCCCUGUCUAGACUUAUGAAUAAAUAAAACAACACACAUUUUGGUCAGUUAUGAUAACAUCAUCAUUACACUCUCAAUUCAUGGGGAACAUAAUUAUCACAAACAUUACUGCUUUCAUAUUUUCAAUUAAUUCCUAUUGUUCUUAGCAGACUGUAUGUCGAUGUAGUCAUACAUGAAUUAUAUGUAGUCUAAAUUAUCCAGCUCUAUCCAUUUAUAGACCAAUCCCAGGUAACAGCAGCACCUUGGUCAAGGACAGAACAGCAGUGGGUCUGUGUCCCACCUGGAAUUAUCACAAGUGACCUUCUGCCUGGUUUCUUAGUCACUAUUGGGUCAAACUCUUCUUUUAGUCUAUUCACAGCUUUCACUGUGGUAUGGAGUACUUUAUUUGACCUAAAGAUACCUGUUCUGAGGAAGGGAAAAUAUUAUUUGGAAGUCUGGGAAGAGCAGUAAAUAGAUGAUAGUCUCUCACCAAUGAAAAAUCACCUCUGAGAUGACACCACCAGAUGGAGGUGGCUGCUCACAAUAUGUUAGUCAGAGAGUGUGCGUCUGUUUGUAAGAUUUGUGUCAAGCAUUUGUAUUACUAUAAACCAUGGAUACAAACACAAACCAUUUUCAAUGUAUUCAAAGUGGUGUAUCUGUGUGUGCAUCAGUGUUUGAUAACAGGUUCUGCAGUUUACCCAGCUUGAGUUAAUAAGUUACACUCAUUAUUAAACUGUGUUGUGUGUUAUUGAUUUUGACAAUCACACAUUGGCAAAUCCACAGUUCUCAGGUACAGGAGUGAGAGGGAUAAAUAGGAGGAAGGAUCCGAGGCAGGUGGGUAGGCAGGCAUGCUAACAGACCUAGGUUAUGUAAGGAAAACACAGGACUCUUAUUUUUCCUCGUCAGCUCCCUGUUCUCACAGCAUCUGACAGCUCUCUGGUAAAAUCACAGCUGAGACUUCCUUUUCCCUUGCUCCCUUUUCCUGCUAUUGGUCUCCCCCCCUGCUCACUACAUUCCCUUGUCACUCUUCCGCUAAAUCAUUUCCUCUUUCCCUCUAUGGACCUCUCUCUCUCUCUCUCUCCUUUGUCAGUCUCAUUCCUUUCCCUUUUUUAUUGGUUCUCUGACCCUCUUUCCAUCCCUCCCACCCUUCCUCUCCAUCCCUCCCUCCUUCCCUCUCUCAUGCCAGGGUCAUACUGACCUUGAUGAGGUCUGAAAGGGAAAGAGGAAAGAGGGGGGCAGAGAAAAUGGAGAGAGAGCAUGGAUGACAGAAAAUAGAGAGAAAAAUGCAAGGCCUGGGUGGUAAAGGGAAUGGAAAAGGAGGUGUGGAUAAGCUGCUAUGAUGUAGGUAUUGUCGUAUGAACCACGUCAUUUCUGUUUUCAAUAGGUUUAUAGCCCAAAUACUAUUUAUAGCCACGGAUGGGUAUUUAUACAGUCCAUUAACGGAUGGUUGUGAAGGAGCUAGAUGUUUUCACUAUUCAGUUAAAUCCUCAUUGAAAUUUGAAGGAUUAGACCGUGAAAUCCAAGAGACUGUGUGUAAUGACAUGUGUGUCUGUGCGCAUGUGCGUGCAUGCGUGUGUUUGUGUGUGCGUAUUAAUAAUUAAUAUUCAUGGAAAACCUAAGGCUGUCCGUAGCCACUGAAAGAGGAAAUCAGAGAGAGAUUGAGAGAGAGAUUGAGAGAGAGAGAGAGAGAGAGAGCGAGAGAGAGAGAGAGAGAGAGAGAGAGAGAGAGAGAGAGAGAGAGAGAGAGAGAGAGAGAGAGAGAGAGAGAGAGAGAGAGAGGUUAGAGCAGACGAGAGGCAGAAGAAAAAGAGAAGAGGAAUAUUGGCUGAGGUUGUCUAAAAUACUUGAAAUGUUGACAGCAAACUACUCCCCCUCCAUUCUCCUUUAAAAAAUGGAAAAUGUUAAUGAGCUUCUCUCUUCACUAUCCCUAUCACGGAAUAAAUUAGUUUCAAAUGAAAGAUGAUAGUUUCAUUGCCAUAAAAUAACAACCAUUUCAACCUAAUAAAUUAUUCAGACUUUAAUUAAAACGACUGUUAUAUUUUACCUCAGGAGAUGACAUGUCACCAUAGCCUCUCUCUGCCUGGGGUGCUUUUACAGGUCACUGACUGAAUCCUCCUCUGGUGAUCUUCACAUACAGAGCUGUGAAGCUGUGAACAUGCUACAAGGUCAUCAUCCCAAUUCAACUGGUUUCUCAGGCUCAGCUCUCUUCCAUAAGGAGACAGACAUAAGGGUUAUCCAUUCUUCAAUAUUUACCCCCAGAUUAAACUUAAAUACAAAGUAUAAAGUACAUUAUUAAUCUAAUUUAUCAGAAGAACAUCUGUAUCUGAAAUGUGAAUAUUGAUGUGAGUCAAUGUAGCAUUAUAAUAUACAGUAAUAACUAUAGGUAAUUGGAUGAGGCACAACAUUUCUACUGUGCGACUAAUAUCUUCAUCGUUGUACGGAGGUUACAGAAUGGGCCCAAACUUACAUACAGUACUGUAGUAUAGUACAUGGGGUAUGGUACAUGGGGUAUGGUACAUGGGGUAUGGUACAUGGGGUAAGUACAUACAUGGAAUGAGAAAAGACAUGCCAUGACGGAAUCAUGAGAGAUGAUGUUAUCAGCCCUCCCAGUCCCAGUCCCCUCUAGCGUGUGUGCAUGUGUGUGAAUGUGUGCUGCUUGUGGAAAUACUAAUGCAUGCUUUCCUUUGUGUGAUGACUGUGGGUGUCCAUGGACUUGUUAUUAGAACACAUUAUAUAGGGAUUUUUGCAUGCAUUGAUGAGUGUAUAUCAGGAUGUGUGUGAAUGCAGUGAGCAUGAUUGUUUAUGUGAAUUUGCACCAUUAUGUAGGUUUAGUGAGCUGUGUGUGUGUUGUGCCUUUGCACACACUGGGCUGGCAUUAUGAGAGACGACGGCUCCUGAUUCUGAUUUCUGAUGUGUUCUGAUGUUCACAAUGAGCCUCCGGUGAGGGGAAACCGAGAGGCAGAGUGAGAAUAAAUGAAUGGAAGAGAGAGGAUAGACGAGAGAUAGGACCUUGGUGGGUAACUAUGGGAAACAAUUGACAAAGUCAAACAGGAAAUUAUGAUGUUGAUUAUGUGAACAGUGGCAGCCACUGCAGGUGAUUGCAGGGAUUGCUAUCAGCAUCAGCAUCCCUGUGACGUUUGCUGCCUAAAAGCUGAGACCCCUGUGGCUAUCUAGCAAGUAUAUGCAGUGAUUUGUGGUGUGUGUUUGCGUGUGUGUGUGGUCCAUCAUUCACAUGCCUUUUAUGUUCAUUUGGUGCAUAUUUUGUAGAGCUUUGACUUUGAUCUCAAUACUGUCCCUUCUAGCUUAGCAUGACUUUAUGAUUUGCGAACUCUUCUGUGUGUGUACAUGUGUGUGUAAGAGAGAGGGGGAGGAAGGUAGCCUAUCAGUUAAGAGUGUUGGGUCAGUAACCGAGAGGUCGCUGGUUAGAAUCCCCGAGCCGACUAGGUGAAAGAUCAGUCGAUGUGCUCUUGAGCAAGGCACUUAACCUUAUUGCUCCUGUAAGUUGCUCUGGAAAAGAGCAUCUGCAAAAUGACUAAAAUGUAAAUGAGGAGAGAGAGGGGAGGGAGAGGGAGAGAGAGAGGAGAGAGGAGAGAGGUUGAGGAGAAAAAGAGAGGGGGAAGAGAGAGCGUGUGUUAUAUUUUUAGCUCUGCAGCCCCACAUCUGUGUGUGUUUAAUCGAGUGUAUGCGUGUGUUUGUGUAUUUGGAUUAGUGUCUCCAGUGUCUUGCUCGGGGGAAGGUAAUAUGUUAAUGAGCUUCUUUACCACUGUCUUUUUGCAGAGAUGGUUUAAAUCUGUGCAACAGAGUGAGGGAGAGAGAUGGGAGAGGGAGGGGAAAAAAGAGAGAGAGACUGAGGGAGAGAGAGAGAGGAUGGUGAGCGAAUGAAUAAGCAAUCUUGCAUUUUGUGCUUUGAGCGCUUGCAUCUCUCUAAGACAUGCCUGCCUCCUCUCCCUCUCAUGUCUUUGUCACUUUGAUCUUUCAUUCUUUGUUGUAUUUCUUUGCUUUCCUCCAUUUAAGAUUACCUCUCCUCUUCCCUCUCACCCCGUGACUCCCAGUGUCAUUCCCUCUAGGUCCUCUGUUGAUCCUGUGCAACCUCACUCUCCCGCUCUUUCUCUCUGCGUGUCUCUCUCUCCCUAAAUUCCCUCGUCUUAGCUUGUGACCCACUGAACCCCCUUUCCUUUAACCCCCUUUCUCUUUAUCCCAUGCAUGCAUAGAAACACAUGCACAUGCAAACACACACGCAAACACGUGCACACACACCACACAGGCAUACUAACACAGACACGUGCACACACACCACAUACCGAGAGGGACUUCACCAUGGGGAACUCAGUCAAAUCUCACUUCUCCAAGAAGGUAAGGUUUUCUGUACUGUGUUCUGGCUGUGGUCCACCUGAAUGAACCCCUGACUGUCUGUGGUGCAUGUCUGUCUCACUAUGUGUCCUUAAUUUAGCUGGAGGCAAUUGGACCACACUGGACCUUUUUGACCCUGGGAUUGUGUCACAGGUUGGUGGCACCUAAAUUGGGGAGAACGGGCUCGUGGAAUGGAGUAGGUGACUGGAGUGGAGUAGGUGGUAUCAAAUACAUCAAACACAUGGUUUCCAGGUGUUUCAUGCCAUUCCAUUUGCUCCGUUCCGGCCAUUAUUAUGAGCCGUUCUCCCCUCAGCAGCCUCCACUGGAUUGUGUACAGUAGUAUUGGACUGUGAGAGACUUGGUUUUGGAGCACACUGCUGUACUGACUGUGGGGCAUCUCAGUCAGUCUUCUGGUCUGAGGAGCAGUGCUCUCGCUCUUACAGGCUAGUUGUGAAUAUUAGAGGAGACAGGACAACCUAGUGUCUCAUGCUGUUGUCUCAUCCACCCCACUGAACCACUGUAACUAAAAUAGUCUGCUGACCAGUCUAGAAUACCGACUGUGAAGCUUGAAAUAAUUUGUGGACUGGAUGGCGACAAUACAACUCUACCGUGCAUUAGGACUGUAUUGUGUCUGUUUUUCCAGAUUUCUUUGUCAUAGAUAUAUACCAGAUGGACAUAUAACUGUUAUUCCCUACUGAAUGUCAGUUGUGCUGGAGUGACUGUGUUGGAGUCCUCAGUGUAGCCAAUGAUGCUCAACCGUCACUCAGCUGGAGUUGACAGUGUCUAGUUGUGUCCUGGAACCUGCCAGCUGGGAUGAGUGGUGUCAAUGAGCAGGCUCAUGUCAAGAUCAACCACAUGAGUCAAACUGGCGUUACCACUUCACCUCUUUAGAGGGGAUUCAGUGGCGCAGACAAACCAACAGGUAGCGCUAUCCUGUUUAACCCUGCCUGCAGAAGCGCCAUGAACCGUAACCUGAUUUUAGCAGACACUUUGUGUACACAGGUUGUUUUUGCAAACGGUUGAUGUUCAUUGUUCUAUACAUGGACUACAAACUGGAUUUGACUGAGCGGCGUAUAUCUAUAGAAUGGAUAUAUUGGGUUUAGUUUUAAGGUAUCUGCCAGCGCUACAUGCUUAGUCUGUGUACAACAAUGACAGCCACAGCUCUUUAGCUAUCUAGUACAAAGAUAACUGCACAAUAAAGACAUGAUUUCAUGUUCAGUGGGAGCACUGGUUCACCAUGCAUCAGGGAUAUAAAUCCCCUUCAGCAGCUGUACAUCCUUGAGCGUCUACAGUACAAUACGACAAGCAACUGUUGAAGCCAUCUGGUAGAUAGGGAGGUUACUGCUUGACCGCGUCUCACACUCAAAUAUUGCUUUAGCUGCCAUUUCAAUGUAAUAAUGUUUUUACAUAUGUCUCUGCAUUAGUAGUGAUUUUGGUGACACACUGGACCUUCAGAUAAUCAGCACUGCUUUGUGCAUCACUUUGUGCACUGUAGCAGGGCAGGAGCUGGCACUAGAAAUUCCACAGCAACAGAUGGAGUAUGAAGGUCAUCCAAAAAAUCCCACCAAGCGAAUUAAAACCCAACCAAGGGAGGGAAGGAAGGAUAGUGGGCAGGGAUAGAGAGAGAGCUCUCUCGCUGCUGAGAAAGGCUAAUUUUGGGGGAAACAAACAAUGGAGGGAAAUAGAGUUAUGUCCUUAAUUUGCCUGCUCAGUGUUCCUUGUAUAGUGACACUUUUGCCAUAAGCCUGUCAGCAUUCCAGUCUCUGAACACAGCUCAGCUCUGCCCACUGAAGGCACUCUUUUCUGUUUGUCAUUAGACUGCAGAAAGUUUGGCCCUUAUUUGCCUUGGUGCAGAUUAAUAUUUGUAAAGGUUUCUAAUGGUGGCCGAUGUUCCCCUCCUCUUUAAUUAACCUGUGGCUCUGUCUGUAAUUGGGGCUGUGCCUUGUGUGGCCUGCCGCUGCCCCCUGGUCCACAGACUAAUUGGUCAUUAUAAUGUAAUGGCUGGAUGGAUUUGAUUCCUUCCAUCAUUGGGACAAUGGCUAAUUGGAACAAGCACGAAUAAGCCAUCCAUCUCUUUUAUAUGCAAGUGGCUUUCCUGUGAUUAAUAAAACCCUGGAUUUAAAGAGUAAAUGGACUUUAGACAAAAUUAUGCAUUGACAACCCUACAUUGUAACCAGUAAUGAGUGUGACCAUUGUUGGGGUAGCUGUCACAGGGAACACUGUACCACUAUUACACUGUGCCUAUGUCAAAAGCAGAAUGGCUUGCAGAUAUUUCUUUGGGUCUUCCUGCGUGCCCUCUCUUGGAUUGGUCUGAUUGUCUUAGUUAGCUGUUGUGUCUCUUUGAUUAUAUAAAUCUGGCAGUGUUCUGAGUCAAAUAAGUGUCCUCAGCUUCACAGAGAGCAUCCUUGGGACGGAUGGAUGGGUGGCAUCCAUUGCCCCAUUCACUGAACCCAACCCCUGACUGUGUUCCUUUCACAUGACUGACACCCUGACCAACCCCAUUACCAUCCUGACCUCUGACCUCACAGGGUCUAACAGACCUCAGCCUCUCUACCUCCACCUCCAUCCACCCACCCUCAUGCCAGCUAGCCUCUUGUUGUUGUCUGACUCCAUGUUGUCCAUCCACAAGCUGAGUCACAGUCUGUGUCCCUGUCUCUGCCCCUGCGCCUGCGCCUCUAUCUCCUGGCCCCACACCCUGGAUAUCUGUGGCCCCAGGACCAGAAGAAGAACUACAGAGCAGUGCAGUCCUGUGAGGAGGGGACUGGGGGUGCCUAUCUUGAGCCACUAGUGGCUAUGGCCCAGAAUGGAGGCAACAUGCACAACAUACUGGGGCCUGCCUGCAUCUUUCUACGCAAGGGCUUCGCUGAGAGCCGGCAGGCUGUACGUAAGUCCAGACACAAACAGACACAUGCCUAUUAUGCAUGCAGAGACACAUUUACAGUAUGUAGCUGCACGUAAUAAAACAGCUAUGUUCACAAAAGCACACAAUCAUACAGACAUUCUGUCUUUGUCUGCUUCCUUUUCACCCACGUUGACCAAUACACUCCUUAUGGACUGAAAGAAGAAGGUAAUGGACUCAAAAUAUUUGCAGUAACCUACGUAUAGAAUGCCUGCCAGUUGGUGUGAAGAUAAGUGUAUAUGUAUGUGACUGUGUGUGUAUGUGAUGGCACUCAUUGCCAUUUGUGUAACGCUGAUAGAUUGUAAGUCCUUGUGGUACACCUAGUAUUACUCUGACAGAAUGCUAUACUGAGUACUAAAGUCUGCGUGGAUGUCUUCAUCUGUCUCACUCUCACUGUGAUCAGUGUCAAGGCCUUGUCGUUAAGGGAAAUGUGCACUGACCUCUCCUUGGUAGACUAGCAUCGUUCAUAGCCUGUCCUGAUGAUGUGCUCUGUUCUGGGGAUGUAGGGGUGGAGGCGGGGCCUAGACUUUCAACUUGAGAGAGAACAAAAGGAACUCCUUCAGUCCAUGUUCCCCACAACUCACCACCAACCUUCAAAGGUGGCAUAAGUAGAUAGGCUACUCAGACAAGCAUCAAACAAAUUCUCUAAACUAAGUUGCAUUUGGGUAGCCUGACGACUCACACUAAAUUAUUCCGCUGUUCUGUCGUUCGCUACAUACUUUAGUCUGAGACUGCCAUCAUUGAAGUAAUUUGUCACGAGGGGCGUUGUACAAAACAAAGACAUCAACGAUUGGAUUGUCUCUAACCAAUCAGAGUAGCAAAGCCAAUGACGCGUUUUCAAACCGUUGCUUUACCCACGUGUGUUCUGGCCCAACCAAUCGGUUUCUGGACCAAUCCGACGGCUCCGAAUGUGUUCGCACUCGGUGAAGGGUUGGGGAGCUACUCAGAUCCAGACUUAUUGCGGAGAAGGAACUAACGUCGGUGGGCGUGGCGUAGCAUUUGUCCGGAGCAAGGAGUCUGGGUAGCCAGGCAAGCGUUUGGGUUCAUCAUUACAUGAUUUAAAACAAGAAAGGGGUUGCACACAUGACGAAGGUACUCUAUGACAUAUUAUACUGAACAAAAAUAUAAACGCAACAUGUAAAGUGUUGGUCCCAUGUUUCAUGAGCUGAAAUAAAAGAUCCCAGAAAUGUUCCAUACGCACAAAAAGCUUAUUUCUCUCAAACUUUGUGCACACAUUUGUUUACAUCCCUUUUAGUGAGCAUUUCUCCUUUGCCAAGAUAAUCCAUACCCCUGACAGGUGUGGCAUAUCAAGAAGCUGAUUAAACAGCAUGAUCAUUUCACAGGUGCAUCUUGUGCUGGGGACAAUAAAAGGCCACUCUAAAAUGUCCAGUUUUGUCACUCAACACAAUGCCACAGAUUGCAAUUGGCAUACUGACUGCAGGAAUGUCCACCAGAGCUGUUGCCAGAUAAUUUAAUGUUAAUUUCUCUACCAUAAGCCGCCUCCAACGUCGUUUCAGAGAAUUUGGCAAUUUGGCAGUACGUCCAACUGGCCUCACAACCGCAGACCAUGCCAGCCCAGGACCUCCACAUCCGGCUUCUUCAGCUGCGGGAUCGUCUGAGACCAGCCACCUGGACAGCUGAAGAAUAUGAGGAGUAUUUCUGACUGAAAUAAAGCCCUUUUGUGGGGAAAAACGAAUUCUGAUUGGCUGGGACUGGCUCCUCAGUGGGUUGGCCUGGCUCCCAAGUGGGUGGUCCUAUGCCCUCCCAGGCCCACCCAUGGCUGUGCCCCUGCCCAGUCAUGUGAAAUCCAUAGACUAAGGCCUAAUGAAUUUAUUUCUAUUGACUGAUUUCCUUAUAUGAACUGUAACUCAGUAAAAUCUUUGAACUUGUCACGUUGUGUUUAUAUUUUUGUUGAAUUUAUAAUAUCUGACAAGAGUUUUGUAGCAUUAUGAGUCAUCACUUGUAGAAUGACACUUGCUGAAUCCUAACCCUGUCUUGUGAUUCUUUACAGGAUAGAGAGCUGAGGCCGGAGGAAAUGGAUGGUAAGUCUCAUUAUACAGGAGCAUACAGCUUAAAUUACAAAGAGCCUUCAUAUUGCAUGGUAUUACAUAGUCCAGAUCGGGCUGUAGCAUUCCUCACUGGUUUAGAUGCAUAUAAACAAAGGGUCUGCCUGACCUUGGUAAACUUUCAUUCUCAUAUUGAAUGCCUUUAAGUGCCUUUCCAUGGACUCAUUGUGAAAUAUUUUCUGCCAGAAAACAUCAUAGAUCAUGCGUACUGUUCCAAGCUUACACAAGCUUACCUCUCACUCUCAUGUUCAUUAUAACACUACACUCAUUGUAGUAGUAACAAUAAAACAACAAUGAUUUUGAUAAUGUGGUUGAAAAACCCAAUUGAUAUUUCCCUAUUUGUGCCUCUCUCUCAGAGUUGCGUGAGGCUUUUAAAGAGUUUGACAAAGACAAAGAUGGCUUCAUCGGCUGCAAAGACCUGGGCAACUGCAUGAGAACCAUGGGCUACAUGCCUACUGAGAUGGAGCUGAUAGAACUGAGCCAACAGAUCAAUAUGAACUGUGAGUAACUCUGUGUGUGUGUCUAGUAAGAUAGGGAGAAUGUCGUGAGCGUAAAUGUCCGCUCCUGCAUCUGUCUCUAGCCUUUUCCUUUUUUAACUCUCUUUAUUACUACCUUUUCCUUUUUUAACUCUCUCUUUUAUUUCUCCCUGUCUCCAUCUCAAGCUCUCUCUCAUCUCCGGAAAAAGCAAUCUCUCCCUCGGCUGACCUCUCGCUCAGUCUCUCUGCACCGCUCUCCGGCGGGGAAAAACUCGCAAACCCCUCUUUAACCUCUCUAAACUCUCUCUGCUUCUCUCUCUACUCUCUCUCUCUACCUCUCUCCUCUCACCUCUCUCUCUCUCUCUCCUCCUCUCUCUCUCUCUCGAUCAUCUCUCUCUCUCCUCACUCUUCCCUCCGCUAACACACACUCAAAGACUUUCACUCACCAUUACACACAGGCCUCUGAACAUUCAAGGUCCAAUAUCUCUGACGUAGAUCCCUUUAACAAUUAACCCUGAAAGGAACAUAAAAUCACAUCCAUCCUAUAAAUACUCUAUGGGCUUUGGGAACAUUGAUGGCUUAAUAUGAUGCUGUACAUAUGACAGUAGCUUAAAUCUUGCCAGCCUUGUCUUUCUGUCCUCUUUUGCAUGUUUCUGUCAUUGUGCAAAUGUCCCUGUAGAUGUAUUCUGUAUAAAUGAAUGAUUCCUCUAUCUCACAAAGUGGGAGGACAUGUUGACUUUGAGGACUUUGUGGAGCUGAUGGGGCCAAAACUUCUUGCUGAAACAGCAGAUAUGAUCGGGGUCAAGGAGCUGAGGGAUGCUUUUAAAGAGGUAAGAAUAAGGGAUGGAGAGAAAGAAGGGUGGGUUGGAAUGAGAAAAGAAUAAGAGAGAGAGAAAGUGAUGGGAAUAGAGUGAGAGGGAAAGGAAGAUAAUUAAAAUAGAAAUGAGAUAAUAGAGAAAGAAAUAACCAAAUCCAAAGGGGUUGAAAGAAAGCUAGAAAGAUUUAAGGUAAAAUAAAGUUGAUUAAAUGAGGAGAAGCACUACUUACAUGGGGAACUCAAUAGUCAUUUGGGAGAGAUGACGGUAUUGGGAAAGGGCAGAAUACAAUAUUGCAUGAUUAACUAGUUCAUUAUUAAUUACUCUUUCAGUUUGACACCAAUGGUGAUGACAAGAUCAGCACAUCAGAACUCAGAGAAGCAAUGAAAAAACUUCUGGGUCAACAGGUAAGAAAAGUAGUUUUUCUGUUUGUGAGUUUUUCCAUCUUUCACUCAACCUGUCCACGCAUCUGUCUGAUCCUGUCACUGUAGCCUACAUCUGAGUAGUGUUAUUUCUUGGUUCUUUCCCUGUUCUGCUAGGUUGGUCACAGAGACCUAGAGGACAUCCUGCGGGACAUUGACCUGAAUGGAGACGGCCACGUAGACUUUGAAGGUGAGCUAUCUAAGUGGGUUCUAAGAUACCUCCUUGUAGGAUGUUAUUUGACAGGUAUUAUCUUUGUUAUUUUUCGUUGUAUGAAACAUCCCAGUGGGAGCCUACCAGUUGAAUCAACGUUGUGUCCACGUCAUUUCAACGUGGAUUUGCAAAAAGUCAUCAAUGUAAAGGAAUUUCGGGAAUGUCUUUUUUUCACCCAACUUUUAACCUAAAUCCAAUGACAUGGUUCAAAUUGUUGUUGAUUUCACGUUGAAUUGAGAACUAAAUCAAAUGUAAAUCAAAACUAGACGUUGAACUGACGUCUGUGCCCAGUAGGAUGAUAUUGCAGCACCUGAGAAAUCCCUCUCAUGGUCCACUGUUCAUAUCCAACCAACCCCUUCGGGAUUGCCGAUAUUGCUCAAAGUGAGCUCCCUCAUACUGUGUUCAAUAAAGCAAGCUAGAAAAUCUUGUGGAGACUAUUCCCUUCGGACACUUUCACACACUCAAAUACAAACACAGUGCACAAACACUCUCUGUCUGCCUACCGCUCACACACUCUCUCCAUCACACACACACUCUAUCUCCAACUGCACACUCACAUUAUCUCUCACACACACAUACAAGCACAUACACAUGCAUAGACACGCUGCCUCAGUGCCAAUCCCCCCACACACACAGUUUGAGUCAGGAUACUCCAGCACCAUGCUGAGAGUGAGGUGGGAGGAAGAAGGGAGUCGGGCUAUCUGUCAGAUUAUCUCCACACCAAAGGAUUAUGUCACCUCAUAGAUGACCAAGAGAACAAGGAAAACAUACUACCGGUGGGACAAAAAUAGCAAUGUGCUGCUAUUCUUACUAGAACCAUUACACACUAAAUCCAUCAAUGUUUAUGAUCCCCAGUGCUCAUUUAGAAAUAUAAUUGUUGCUAUGAAAAUAUAUUUAUUUUUAUUGGCUGAUUGCAGCACAUACAGUUCUUCAAAGCGCCAUGAUCUUCAGUACCAUGCAUUUAGGGGAUCAGCCGCUACACUUGAAGUAAAUCAUGUUUGUUCUCUAUCUCUGUGGUUUUAUUCAUCUUACCCCUCAGAGUUUGUACGGAUGAUGUCUCGCUGAGUGACAGGUUAAGCACCUGUAGGUCAUGAUACUGACUGGCCCCUUUCCUGGUAAGAGAGGAAGAGAUGAAGAGAAGGAGAAGAGAUGCCAGAGCCCUUACCAACGGACCACUUACCUCUGACUUCUGAACAACAGAAGGGGAAAACGACAUAUCAACCCUGCCCUGCUACUGCCACAUCCGAAGAGAGCACAGAAGCUGACGGAACAACAUCAGCGAUCAUUAUGAUGUAUGCUGCUGUCUCUAAGAGCAAAACAGAACAACGGCCAGCCUCCCACAAUUUUACAUUGUACAUUUGCUAUAUUAGAGAAAACAUUUGUAGGUGUUUACAGGGGCUAAAGAGCAAUGUGAUGUUUGAGCUACUUACACUCAUUGCCAUGGUUGGUUAAGGCUGUAGCAAAGUAAAGGAGACAUAUUGACAUUUUUAACACUUUCUUAUGCCAGCGUCUCCCAUAACUAGCCUAAAGCAGUAUAUUCCCCUCUGGGGCUUUGUAAUCCUAAGAUAAACUUUUGAAUGGCAAUAUUAUUUCAAUGUAUCUACUGUCAAAAUAUGUAUUGUUCGUGUGUGUACGUGUUUGUUUGAGUGUACCUCAAUUCUCCCAUAUUGUAAGAUUCCAUAUGUCUUAAGCUACUGUAGAGUUAGUGUCAAACCCAUGGUAUAUGCUAGCCAACUGUCUCUAUCUUGAAUUACAUCUCAUGUAUUAGCACUGAUGCACUUCUUUAGAUUUUAUUAUUAUCAAACACAUAUCGAGUUACAUUAUACAAGCUUUGAACAUAGAUGGGCAACUGCUUUGAUAAAGGAAAGAGCAGUUUCAUGAAAACUGAAGACUCUGGGGAAUGGGGUAACAAUCAUAAUUAAACUGUUUACGUCUGGCCAACCCAAUACCCAAUAAUUUGCACAUUGUUAUGCAUGAAUACUGAGAAUGCAUGCUCCACUUUUGAUUUAACCAGACACACUGUCACACUGUCACUCCAUACAAAUCAACAAUGUGCACCACAGACAAACAUACACACUGUAAUUUAUUGUGGUGAUCAACAAAACACUGAAACCUGUGUCUCUCUAUGUGUGUGUGAGAUCAGUGUGUAUCUCUGUACUGAUGAGAGUGUGUUUCUGUUUGAGUGUAGAACUUGUGAGUUUUUGUGUGUCUCCCUUAUGCAGUCUUAUUUGUGACUUUGAAUUUGUCUUGUGCGAUUCUAUGCAUGCCAAAUACUAAAACAAUGUGUAGCGUAGUAGAUGAAAAUAAAGAG